GGGCGUGAAUCUACAGUCAAGAUGCUACUCGAUGAGGGCGCUGAUAUUAAGAAAACAGAUACAGUCUUUGGGCAGACGGCGCUUUUGCGGGCUGCUCAGAACGGGCAUGAGGCUGUUGUUAAGCUACUACUUGAGAAGGGCGCUGAUAUCAAGGAAAAGGAUUUUGGAAGACAGAUGGCGCUUUCGUGGGCUUCUCAGAACGGGCAUGAAGCUAUAGUCAAGCUGCUGAUUGAGGGAGGUGCUGAUAUUGAGACAAAAGAUUAUGCAGGAGAGAUACCACUUUCCAAGAGCGCUGAUUCGAAGUAG